AUGUACUCCUUAGCCAUUCGCAACAUCACCGGCCGCGCUGCUCGAGCAGCAGUCACCACUCCCCGGUAUGCUUCUGCAAGACUUUAUUCCAGCUUUAGCACCAUGCAUGACAACGACGCAGAGACGCUCGACGCCGAGAAGGCGCGCAACUUGACUGGAAGCCAGCAUAAAACUUCAACCCCUAUUCGUGAGGCGCCGGGCUGGAACGAACACCUUGCUAGUGAGUCCGAGGCACAUGUCAAAGCCGACCGCUCUACCCUUGGUCCACAAGAUCUUCAGAGGACGACGGUGGAUUACUUGCAGGCGCGCCACAACCCCGAGGAGCGCCCAAGCAGCCGCGAGGCUCUGUACACACAUGACGAGGUUAGUGGGCCGCUAGGCGAUGCCAGGGUCGGAGAGUUUGAAGGUGUGGUGGGCGCGGCUGAUGUCGAUUUGGAAUAUGAACAGACGGACGUGGAGGUGGAUCCCAGUGGGGCUAUGAGGCAGCGGACCAUCCAUGAAGAGGAGACCGUGCACAAUGGUCCCACCCCUAGCGAAGAGGCCGUUAAGGCCGACAGAAAGGAGAAUUGAGUUCUACCAAAGUGCAAGAAAUUGAUAUAAAAUGUCGGAAGCGUCGACAGGCAUCAUAUUCCGGUAGCAUCUUGAAGUAUUGUACCCAUAGUAUCACAAGGACUGCUCGUUCAUAAAUCAAUGUACUCAUCAUCAUCAAUCAACUAAAGUUAUUACCCG